ACGCGGGUUCUUUCGACCUCACUCAUCAUUGGCUCUUUACUCGCCUUUGUUCCACUCAACAAUGGAUCUUUGUUUCUGGACUAUUCGACCAAGAUCCUACCGAGGACUCGACACUCGGUUUCAGUUUAUGCUGAUUGUGAAUAUAUCACGAUAAAAAUCGUUGCCCGAAAAGCACCAGCAGCGCAAACCCUUGAAUCCAUCUUGUCUCAAUGAAUCUUUUCGCAUUACCGGACAAGAUCGACAAAGCACAGUCCAGUACAUGAACUCGUCAGACUUGUACAUAGUGGACGAAAUGGAGGACGCCCUGAACGCCGCCUUGGACGAGCUGCGCGCUCCUAAUCGUCAACCUCCUGGGGAAGACAGCGACGAGGAAAGUGCCAGUCAGGAGGCCUAUACCGAGGUCGGCCUUGGGCAAGUCACCUCACCAGGAAGACGUCAAGCAGUCAUCUCACCAGGGAGGCGCCAACGACCACCCACCCCUGGCUGGCGACCAGAUCGAAAUACUCCCAAAGGGAUAAUGUCGCCAGGGUCUGAUCAUUCUGAGGCUCUCGCCGAUUUGGGUCUGCACGAUCACUCCGAUGCUAAAAAUAAACUCCCUCGAUAUAUACCGGAGUCUGAUCAACGUUCCACAUCAAGCGGCAACGUACCAAUCGUCAAGCGUCAGGAAGAAAAUGAGAUGUCAAUUGACCACCUACCAAGCCAAGUCGUUGGGUCGCCAGUCGUUACCUCAGGCGACCUUGCAUCGGCUCAUAAUCUUGAAGAUUACUAUGAAGCCGGUCGGCAAUCCGACCCAAGUGACCAGAAAUUCCUGCUGAGUCCGAGGACACACAAUCAGCCUCGCUAUGGCGAUAAAGGGCCCCAACAACAGGGCGAAGAGGAGCAGCACGUUCAAAUCGAGCCUGAACAGCAAGGUGAAAAAAAUCUGAAGCUGGAAGAACGGCUGGACAAAUUGCUUGCUGAGAACGCGAUGUUGAAAAUGGAGAAGGACUUCGUCGUCAAAGAGGCAAACACUCUUCACGAACGAAAUGCGGUUCUAUUCAAGGAUUUAUCCAAGUCUCAGAAGGACCUUUCAACCGCACGAAAUGAAAUGGCUCGCAGAUUGGCUCACAAAGAAGAAUUGCUGAAGAUUGCCGAGUCCUCUUUGGAAGAAAGCCAGAAAAGUGCAGAACCCUUGAUAAUAGCACAACAGCGAAUCCGGCACCAGGAAAAGGAAAAGUCUAGUCUUGAGGAAAUGAUUAUCCUCGCCAAUACUGCAACGAGGGAAGCCCAACAGAAACACACACAACAUGAGUCUCGAAUUGUGGAAUUGCAGGAACAGCUUGAUUUAAUGACGGCAUGGAUGGAGAACAUACCCCAGGAAAUGCGAACUUGUCAGAAAGAGUGUGAAAGUCUGAAAGCGGAACUAAAACGGUGCGUUGAGCGAAUGGAGAAGUUGCGAUCGGCUCAGCAAGUUUAUGAUCUGGAGCAAAUGGACUUUCACGAUCGCUGUCUGCCAAUACUUCUCGAUCAGAUCAGCAUCAAUGAUUUUCGGCUCCCGCUCAAGCCAUCAGCCGCAGAAGUCAUACCUUUGGGAGAAUAUAUGGCAUCCCCUAUCGAGUCAACCCCAUCUAACCGACAAAGCAUGGCCAAUGGAGUCGACACCCCACUCAGACACAUGCCACCCACGGGACUUGUCUCGUCAAACAAGCCUCGGCCUCAGUCAUGGCCUGUCCCAAGGAGCUUCAGCCCAGAUCUGAAUGACUCCUUCGAAGUGGCCUUAGACGCCACUCAUCCCACAUUUCAAUCGACGUCUACUGAGUCCCAAGAUGGUCUACACACAGGAGUCAUGAACGAUGACCGCGCUGACGUAUUACAUGUUUCUUCGCAAAACAAACCGCACUCCACCAAUUCUGGCGAAAAGAAUGCUCGUGCAGAAGACGAAUCUGGUACUACAGCGAUUUCAGAGUCUCCUGUCGACGGUGUGGGCGCCCGGCUAUCACAAUCGCUUACUAAGACUGGUGGAGUAUCUUCCCAAACACGUUCUCAGCUGAAGUCGGGGACACUGCUCGAGACUGGUGCAUGGCGCGCUCGUAUUGAGAGUCCAGACACAGACGAAGGUGCCAUGUCAACGAGCUUGGAACCACUCCUCGUGGACACAACAAAAGCAACUGUCGUAGCCUCCUGCAGUGCUGUGGAAAGCCCUCAAAGUCCUGGUCUAAGAAAGCGGUCCUCCGUCUCGACGCAAAACUCACCACAUAGGCUAGAUCACAGAGCUGCAUUCGAAGACGCUAUGGCAAGCACGCCUCGCAAGUCGCAAAGAGAGGACGAGAUGGUGGGAGAGCCCCGUAUCUUGCUGUCCAGGCUGCCCGGGCACGGGCGACCGCAAGCGUCGAGGACUCAUAGCCUGUAUCACGAACGUCCUGCCAUGAUCAUGGCCGACUCACGUCGUGGUAGACCUCAUUCUUGGGACCCUUCCGCCAGCCGAAGUAUAUCAUCACAGAAAUCGGCAGACAGCGGCUAUGACUCAGAUGCCGAGCAAAUUGGCAUUGCUUCUUCGACGGCCCCCGCAAAUGCUCCUAUUGGCGACGAUCAACAAGUGACGCCAACGUAUAACCAUAUCACACCUCCUGCGAGCUCCUCAGCUAGGACAUCCACUACCUUUGACGGAUGCGGGCCGAGGCCAAGCAGCAGCGAUUCACUUGAUGUCUUCGGUGCAUUCUCUCCUCUUACCCGCCAGGUCUCCGAUCCGACGACUCAGGCUUCCACAAAUAUUGGAUCAUUCUUCGAAUCUUCACACGGUGAAUCAGAUUGUGGGACUGUUGCCACCGGCGUCUCGGACGCCAACUCAGUUGUAGAGCCGUCAACAGAGCAACAGAGGGAUUGUGAUGGACCUGUCAUCGUCCUCGAUGACUUGAGAUCGAUGGCUGAGCUUUCAGAAGCCCCCGUGGUCGAAAGUGCUUGGACUCCGUGCGAUACCGAAACCGAGGCUGUCCGUGCUCAUGGGCCGGUGAUCGUUCGUGAAGCAGAGUCAAGGCUGGGCAUCCACGACGCUGAAGAUGCUGGAACCCGGGAUGCUGAGAAUGACACGAGAGGCGAAGACGAUGUUGACAUGUGGAAUCCCACGCCAUCUGGUGAAGAUACGCCAUUCUUCACGGUGCCUCCCAAUAAGAUCGAUGUUCGCAAGAGGAGAUUCAGCCCGUCCAUCUUGACAGCCCUUCUGUGCUGCGCCCUUGUCCUAACGUCUGGGCUUCUGGCAGUAUGGUCUACUGGCCCCUGGAGUAUCCAGUCGAUCUGCCAGCGUUUCGCAAAUGUGUCUUCCACGUUGUACCCUAUUGUCACUAUUACAGAAGAACCCUUCCUGCCCGCUCUGUCCGCUCUGGAGGAAUCGUCGCCAAUCAUCGCAAUACAUGAGGUGUCGCUGGCCGACACGGUGACCACGGCCGCUCUGGAGGCAAUUCUACCACUGUACAUAUCGGACUAUAGCCCGCAAGUGGCAGAUGAUGGCACGUUGAUGUCUACGAGGGAAUGGACGUCAACCUUCACGGCACCGUCACUGGUGUACAAAGGUCAACCAGGACGCACAGGUCCAGCUCCUGCGAGCCCGGUCGUACUCAAAUUUGACCCACCACGCACCAACAACUCGUCACCUUCGACAUCAAGUGCUUCUUCAUGCAUUGAAGAAUCGAAUCGCUUUGCACCGCCAUCAAUAUCAACGCGCACAGUGACCGUGGCCAUAACCAGAGCUUGCCCAGAUUCGGAUCGCGCCCCACCAUCGGUAUCAAUACGCACCAUUACAGUGGACAGUCCUUGUCCAGACCAAGACUUUGCCUUGCGUGCAGUCGAAGUGAUCCGGCAUCGACUGCCCGAGUCGACCAAAGCCCAUGCUAGCACCAAGCACUUGGACUUCACCGACACGGUCAAGUUCGACGUCAACAGCUCCUCUUAUACUACCAGAGCCUAUGCAGGAAGUGGGCAUUGGGACUUUGUCCCGAGUGUACGCCGCUGGAUUGAUCAAGUCAGAUUCGACGUCACGGUGCAGGUCAUACAAGCCAAUGGAGGACGGUACUCUUGGUAGACAACGGCGAGAUAGUACAAAGGUUGAAGAGCAGAGGUUAUUCCACCUGUACACAUGCCAAAAGUAGGUAUAGAAUUUAGGAUUGGACAUUGAACAAUCCGCGAGACAAUCGUCAAGCUCCACACGCGCCCAAAUGUACAUUUUGUAGCCAUACUCAUUGACAUGAGUUUCCAACGCGUCGUUCGCCGCUAUAGCCAGAGUCCUUCGUGCUUCUUCGUGUAGCAUUAUUCCCUGCGAGGCGGCAUGCUGAACGUACUCCGGAACGUUCCAAUG